GCAGAGGUUUAAAGUAACGCUCUACACAAUUACACACAAACGCCCCCUUCUUCUCUCUGAAGUGUGUCGAGCGACGGAGCAAAUGUUUCAGUCGACGAGCGGCGGCAAUGGCAGCGGAGUCGGCGCUGGAGUAGGUGACGGCGCAUUUCACAAUGGCUUCCUCCACGGAGGCGUUAGUGACGGUGCCCAAUUGACUCGAAGUCGGCCGCGCAGGGGUAGCCGCCGCAGGCUCCAUGACCAAGGCCCCGCUUCCGAGCCUAGGGUUUCGCAGCAGCAGGAGCAACACGAAACAGAGAGGCCUCCUCGUCCCUGUACGGACUUCGAUGUCGCCUAUUUCAACUCCUACGCUCACCUUGGCAUUCAUGAAGAAAUGAUCAAGGAUCGUGCACGUACCGAUACUUACAAAAAUGCAAUUUUUCAGCAUCGAGAUCAAAUUGCGGGAAAAGUUGUACUUGAUGUUGGUUGUGGCACUGGCAUUCUCUCUAUAUUUUGUGCUCAGGCUGGGGCCAAGCGGGUGUAUGCAGUCGAUGCCAGUAAUAUUGCAGUUCAGGCAAAUGAAGUAAUCAAGGCCAACAACUUGUCUGGCACAGUUAUUGUAUUGCAUGGACGAGUUGAGGAUGUUGAAAUUGAUGAGAAAGUUGAUGUCAUUGUUUCUGAAUGGAUGGGCUACAUGCUUCUUUAUGAGAGCAUGCUGGGGAGUGUCAUUACUGCCAGAGACCGAUGGUUAAAACCUGGAGGUCUUAUCCUUCCAUCAUAUGCCACGUUGUACAUGGCCCCUGUCUCCUAUCCAGAACGAUAUAGUGAAAGCGUUGAUUUUUGGCGCAAUGUCUAUGGAAUUGACAUGUCUGCAAUGAUGCCAUUAGCAAAGCAGUGUGCAUUUGAAGAACCUUCUGUUGAGAUGAUCAGUGGUGAAAAUGUAUUGACAUGGCCUCAUGUGGUAAAGCAUGUUGACUGUUCGACCCUUACAAUUGAUGAACUAGAGACUGUUUCAACAAGAUUUACAUUCAAAUCAAUGAUGCGAGCACCAUUUCAUGGGUUUGCAUUCUGGUUUGAUGUGGAGUUUGGUGGUCCUUCAAUAAACACCUCCAAGAGCAAUAAUGCACAACCUGCACUUGUUGCGGCUCAAGAUGAUACAGGUACGGGAACCGAUAACAGAAAGAAGCGAGCCAAUCCCAGUGAAGGCCUUGUGCUGUCUACGGCACCUGAGGCUCCCCCAACACAUUGGCAACAGACAUUGAUCUACUUCUAUGAUCCGAUAGAGGUGGAGCAAGAUCAGGUGAUUGAAGGUUCUGUAACACUGACGCAGAGCAAGGAAAAUGCUCGAUUCAUGAACGUUCAUCUAGAGUACUCAUCCGGUGGUCGUUCUUUCGUGAAAGAAUCCGUAAUGAGAUGAUUGAGGCCUACAAAAAUGAGCUGCAUCUAUUUGAGGCAAGUUUCUCCCAUUAUGCUUCUUUGGAUGGUCUGAAAGGCUGGCUCAGUGGUGCAAAGAAAAGGGGAUUUUGAUGCUAGGUAGAGAAGAGGUUUAGGGUAUUUCCAACAAUUGAAGAUGGGACCUUCUCAGAUUUACUCAUCUUAUGCUUCUUUCAAACGAUGCUAUUUUUUUGUAGCUCUUACUUUUAAAAUUUUGCACUUCCAUUACGUAAAGCCUCCAGUUUCAAAUGAUUCUUUUUAACUAUUGGAAUCCAGAUAUUGUCUUCAUUUUUAAGAAAAGUUACUACUCGCUAAUCAA